UUAACAGUCUCUCUUUACCACACACACACUCUCUCUCUUCCCCCUCCCUUUCUCACAUUUUUCAAACACACUCUUUGCUUUCUCAGUGACCCAGAGAGAAAAAGAAAAGCUACAUAAAAGGACUAAAGCCUGUCUGUAAUCUAAACCAUCUUUAUCUUUUGCAUUCACCAAAACAAAAGAGAAGCUCUUCAAGUCUUCAUGAAGUUCUCCAUGUUCUUCUUCCUCUGUUUGCUCCCUUUACUCUUCCAGCAUUCUCACUCCACCACAAUACUAGUGGAUGGAGUUUCAGAGUGGAAGAACCCUACUGUUCACGUUGGAGACUCCAUCAUUUUCAAGCACAAGUAUCACUACAACCUCUACAUUUUCCAGAACCAAAGAGCCUUCAAUGUCUGCAAUUUCACUCGAGCCACACUUCUUAAUAAACCCGAUUCCACCUCCUAUACGUGGCACCCAUCACGGCCCGGUUUCUUCUACUUCUCCUUCAACAACGGUUCUCUGCUCAAUACAUGCCAAGACACACAAAAGCUUGCCAUAAAAGUUGCUUUAACAGCAAUGGCUCCAGUGGCAGCCCCAGAGCCCAGUUCCAAGACAGGUUCUGGUGGCAGUGGCAGUGGUGGUGGUGUAGUGUCAUCUUCUCCAACAUAUCCAUGGCCUUUCCAACCUCACCAAGCUUCCUUAUCGCCAAGUCCAGGGCCAAGUGUCGGCUCUUUAAUUCCAAAUAAAGGUGCUGGCAUGCCAUUUAUCAACAGCAACCCUGCUGUUCCUUUGCCUACUGGUGAAGUUGAUUCUGCUACAAUUCGCCCUAUACCAACAUCUGGCCACCAGGGACAGGUGUUGGUGGGGUUAUUUGCUGCGCAAAUGGCUCUAUUUAGUGUGGUUCUCUUGAUGCUGUAAAAUUGUUGUGUGUGUGUGUGUGUGAGAGAGAGAGAGAGAGAGAUGGUCUGUAAUAUGUGUAGGUACAUCUGAUUAGGUUAAUGUGCACCAGACUGUGGUUUUGAGUCUAAAGUAACUUUAAGAGUGAUGAUUAUACCAUGUAUUGGAGAUGCUCUUAGUCCCUACUUUGGAAAUCAUUAGCACUUUUGAUCCUUUGUUAUGCAAUCAAUAGCUAUCUUUUCUUUUCU